AUGAGAUUAAAAACGUUUUUUUUUAGCAUAGGUUUAUUUUUAUUAAUAAAUUUUUUUUGUAUUAAAAAAUCAAUAGCAUAUAUAUUAAAUGUAAAUGUAGUUGAUAAAGAUGACUUAUUUAUUUUUUUAUAUAAAAAUGAGCAGCUGUUAGCUGCAAGCUAUUACAACUUCAAACCCUCCUAUUUCUUUUCUGUUGACGAAGGUGAAAUCAACAUCGACAUGAACAUAUCUUUUAAGGGAAAUACAACGACAAAAAAGAAAAACAACAAUCAAGAGAUAUUAGCCAAAGCAAACAAGAAUUCAAUUUCCCUUUUAAAUCAUUUCAAUGUAGAUAAGGAAUAUUUUAGCAAAAAGAGAAAUGCUAUAGAUAGUGAAAACUAUGGAUAUAUAAAUGAUAACGAAAUAAAAGAAAAUGAAAUAACGCCUAUUGUUUCAAAUGAAUUAAAUAACAACACAACAAUAAAUGAAAAGUCUAGUAAUAUAUUUUUAGUUCUUAUGACUGCUGACCAAUGGUUAAAUUAUAUUCGACUUAAAAAUAAAUUAGAGCCAUCAAUAAAAAAUGAUGAUAAUUAUAUUUUUACUUCACAUUUUAAUAGUAUAAAAAGAUAUCCAAUAAAUCGAGGAACAAUAAAAAAAAAAAUAAAAAUAACACAAAAAAAUAGAUAUAUGUUAUUUUUAAUUAAUAGUAAUAAAUUGAUUAUUAAUAUGAAAGGAAAUAUUGUUUUUUAUGAUUAUAAAACAAAACACUUAUCACACGAUUUUAUUUUUAUCCCUAACGUACUUUAUUGUGCGAUUUAUAUAUUAUUAAUAACCAUUGCAAUACUGAUACCAUUUUUUAUUAAAUAUAGACAAAAAUUAGAUUUAUUUAUGAUACUUAAUAUGCUAUUCUUUUUGCUUUCGACUUAUUAUAAUUAUAAAAAUGUGAAUUUUAUACAAGACACUGGAUAUAUGUAUAUGUAUUUCUGGGUGGCAGCAAAUAUUUUAAAAAAAAUUCAAGACAUCAUUUCAUUUAUUAUAUAUUUACAAGUAUCACUAGGUGAUAUAUAUGUAAGGACCCAUUUGAGCAGAAUAGAGAUACAAUUCAUGAUAUGCUAUUCGGUUAUUUCGUUUUACACUGGAAUAUUUGAAUUAUUUUUAGGAAAUUUUCAGACACCUCGAUAUAUUCUGCAAACCUUCGCUUAUUUAUUUAUUUUUAUUGCCAUCAACUUUACGUCAACAUUUCUUUCAGCCCGCUUAUCCGAAGAAGGUUUAUCUUUCAAUGUCGCUGAAUUAUAUACAAAGCAUGAAAUUUACAGGAAAUAUCGCAUAAUAUUUUUUGUAGUGAUAUUAAAACCCAUUUUCCUAAUUAUUUACAAAGUUUUAUGUUUAUCUCCUUCAAAUAUUGACUUGUACAGUCCUCAUGAAUUUUUAUACGUUUUUUUUGACAUAGUUUUUGAUAUUGUUUUAUAUGUUUUGCUUUUCGCCUUAUUUAGGGCAGUUAAACCCUUAAAAAUAUUGAAGCAUAUUUUAAGUAAUGAAGAUUUUCACAUUAACUAA